AUUACGACGCGGGCAGACAAGUCGCUGUGUUUUCGUUUUGUGAAUGUUUGCAAGGAGAGAAAAUUGGAAACCACAUCGAUUUGCUUUUGCGAAAACAGAUUCCGGUUGGCAGGUUUAUAGAAUAGAUGGCAAAGCAGUGUGCAAGCAUUUAUUGACACUUUUAAUGCUUGCAGUAGCUGGGCGUUAAAUUCCUUUGUCAUCUUCGUAGUGAUAGCUAUGGUGUAGGAGCAGCCAUUUACAAGAUUGCUUCUUCUUGCUGUUCGCAGUUGUCGUUGGUCAUCGUCAUUGUUACUGUUUUUUUUUGUUUAUCAAAGAUAUUUGUUUAUCCUGCGUUAUUCUCUAAUUUGCUGUUGGUUGGAUUGCGUGAUAGUGUGAUAAUAUAAAACAAAAUGGCCUGGUCGCAAAAGCAAUUCAUAUUCGCGCUUACUAUGGUCGUGACGGGCUCGAUAAACACGCUCAGCACAAAAUGGGCUGAUAAUAUCGAAUCCGAAGGUUCGGAUGGACAAGUACGACGAUUUGUGCAUCCGUUCGUGCAGGCGUGUGCAAUGUUUCUCGGAGAGUUUCUUUGUUUACUUGCAUUCAAAGCCGUUUACUAUCAUCUGCGCCGUAAGAACAAUGGUGCCGAAGAUAGACACGAUCUCGUACAGGGCAAUCGUGAGUUCAGUCCCUUCAUCUUAUUUGUGCCGGCCAUGUGCGAUAUGCUGGCGACCUCCAUUAUGUACGUCGGGUUGAAUCUGACCUACCCCUCUAGUUUCCAGUUGUUAAGAGGUUCGGUCAUAAUCUUUGUUGCAAUACUGAGUGUCGCAUUCUUGAACCGUACGCUAGUAAAACGCGAAUGGUUCGGAAUUGCCUUUAUCAUGGUCGGCCUGGUCGUGGUCGGAAUGUCCGAUGUGCUAUCGAACGACAAUACGGGUUCACAGUACACCAGGAACAAUGUCAUCACAGGCGAUCUGCUUAUUAUACUGGCCCAAAUCAUUACGGCGGUUCAGAUGGUGUACGAGGAGUACUACGUAACCGCAUUAAACAUUCCAGCACUGCAAGCAGUGGGAUGGGAAGGGUUCUUCGGCUUUUCCGUGCUUGGUUCUCUCCUGCUGCCCAUGUACUUUAUUCACGUGAUGUAUCCGUUCAACAGCAAUGCGCACGGUGUGCUGGAGGAUUUGCCUGAUGCGCUCGCACAGCUGGCAAACAAUUAUCAGUUAAUUAUCGCUAUCAGUGGCAUGAUCGUAUCGAUUGCGUUUUUCAACUUUGCCGGCAUUAGUGUGACGAAGGAAAUCUCUGCCACCACGCGGAUGGUACUCGAUUCAGUCCGAACGCUUGUCGUGUGGAUGGUUUCAUUACUGUUGGUUUGGCAAAAGUUUCACUACCUGCAGCUGAUUGGGUUCGCUGGACUGUUGUUUGGCAUGUGCCUGUACAAUGAUAUUAUCGUUCUACAAACGUACCGGCGCGUCAAAGUUGCUCUGUUGCUGCGCAUUGGACGCCAGUCGACUGAUAGAAUGAGUGAAGUUAUUAUUAAUCGGCAAGCGGAUGAGCCGGACCGUUAGACUGAUAUAGAAACAAUGGCUGAAGGGCAUCUCGUGCACCAGAUGUUCUGGAAAUCGAUUCUUGUUUAAGUGUGGGUAAUGUUGUAGCUCUUGAGCUGGUACUCUCUGAUGUGUGUAUCAUUCGAAAAAAAAUAUCUCAAUCCAUAUUAAUCUUUUAAUGGUAGGGAAAUAAACGUGAAACCAACCUGA